ACUUGAAUAAAAAGAACAUGCUACCUCCAGAUGUUGUUCCGCAAAUUAACUGUUCUAUUUCGGUUAUUUUUUUUCUCCCCAUUUCCAAACACUCUGAGCGAGCAUUGUGAGCUGGGAUCUGAAUCAAAGUAAAGAAUUCAGAAGAAAAUGGGAACGGUGGGACUGGCUCCGGGGCUAUCGAGAAAGCUAAAGAAAGUGUUGGAAUGUCGUACGGACACACCGGAUCUAUUAGCCUCUCUCGAUACUCUCUCCACUUUCUACUCUGAAAAUACUCCUCAGGCUCGCCGCAACCUCAGAUCAACCAUCGAGAAGCGCUCUCUCGAUAUCAAUCUCCAUUUUCUCCAGUCAUCCAACGCUGCUCAGCAGGCUUUGGAUCGAGUGGAGGAGGAGGUUAAUGCACUUGCUGAAUGCUGUGACAAGAUUGCAAAAGCUUUGAACAGUUGUAGUGAUAGCACAGGAGACAUUAUUAGUACCACUGAGAGGCUUAAACAGGAACUUGAGGUUACCACACAAAGGCAAGAAAUAGUGUCAUGCUUCCUUCGUGAUUAUCAACUCUCUAAUGAAGAGAUAAAUGCAUUGAGGGAUGAAGACCUAAAUGAAAGCUUCUUCAAGGCACUUUCUCAUGUUCAAGAAAUUCAUGCCAAUUGCAAAAUACUGCUAAGGACACAUCACCAGCGUGCUGGUUUGGAGCUGAUGGAUAUGAUGGCAGUGUACCAAGAAGGAGCUUAUGAGCGCCUAUGCAGGUGGGUUCAGGCAGAGUUUAGGAAAUUGGGCGAUGCUGAUAAUCCUGAAGUUGGUGAUCUUCUAAAAACAGCAGUCUGCUGCCUCAAAGAGAGGCCUGUCCUUUUCAAGUAUUGUGCUGAAGAGGUAGCAAACAUGAGGCAUAAUGGAUUGUUUAGAAGAUUUAUAAGUGCUCUUACACGUGGAGGACCCGGUGGACUGCCUAGGCCAAUUGAGGUUCAUGCACAUGAUCCAUUACGUUAUGUGGGUGACAUGCUAGGAUGGCUACACCAGGCUUUGGCGUCUGAACGUGAACUUGUUCUUGUUUUACUUGAUCCAGAUACCCUGCUAGAUGCUGGAUCCAGUGCAACCAGAUCAUCCAAUAGUGUAGAUAAUGGUGCUGGAAAGACAGAAUUUGACGUUACAUUUGUUUUGGAUAGAAUUUUUGAAGGAGUUUGCCGGCCUUUUAAAGUUAGAGUUGAACAAGUUUUACAGUCACAGCCCAGUCUUUUAAUUACAUAUAAACUGAGUAAUACCCUGGAGUUUUACAGCUACACUAUGUCAGAUUUGCUUGGUAGAGAUACAGCUCUCUGUAGUACACUUUGGACUCUCAAGGAUGCUGCACAGAAAACAUUUUUUGAUAUUCUGAAAGGUCGAGGGGAGAAGCUUUUACGUUAUCCUCCCCUUGUUGCUGUUGAUCUUUCUCCACCAGAAGCAGUGAGGGAAGGAGUCUCUGUGCUACUUGAAAUAAUUAACACCCAUGACAGCAUGAUGAUUCCUGCUUCAGAGAAAAAGCCUGAUUUUGAUCCAGUAAUAUCUGCUAUACUUGAUCCUAUCAUUCAGAUGUGUGAGCAAGCUGCAGAGGCACAUAAGUCUAAGGGUGCUAGUCACUUGUCAAGAAGAAGAAUGAGUUCAGACCCUUCUCAAAUUAGUAAAUCAUCAGUGGACGCACUUUUAUCAAAUAGCAGCUCUGCCGUAUCUUCUCAGAAUAGUGAAACACCUUCCAAGAUAUUCCUCAUCAAUUGCUUGUGUGCCAUCCAACAACCGUUAUCUAGGCAUGAGGUUGCUGCUGACUAUGUAAAGAAGCUCGGAAUAAUGAUAGAAAAUCACAUGCAUGCUCUUGUGGCUAAAGAAGUUGAUGUUAUUCUCAGGAGAUGUGGCUUGUCAAAUAAGAUGUCAUACUUCAGCAAUUCGCUCAGCAAUCAAGCUGAAAAUACAAUUGUCGGAACCCCACUGGCUGAGAUUGAAGAAACUUCUCCAGCCUCUCUUUCAGAGUCUUUGAGGGCUUUCUUUGGACUUAUUUUAGGAAGCGAGAGUUCUCUUCCGGAAUUUGAGCAGAUACAGGUUCCAAAGUUGCGUUCUGAGGCAUGUAUUCAGCUGGCAAGGUCCAUUGCUGAAGCUUAUGAGCUUAUUUACACAGCAAUAAUGGAUCCCAAGAAUGGCUAUUUGGAACCCAAAUCAUUGGCAAGGCAUCCUCCAGAUCAGAUAAGGACCAUUUUAGGAAUAUGAAUAUCUACAGAUCGCUUUUAUUUUUAUGUUUUCAAACCUUUAUGGGUUUAACAGAUGAGAAAUCAUUUUCCAUAUGAUGUUUUGUUGAUAUCCAAUUGUAGGUAAUAUAUGAGUUGGUCUUAAUUGUAGGUAAUAAAUAGAUAUAUAUAUUUCAUUAUUGAUAUGUAUCAUGAAUUUUACAUUUUUAUGCAAAAACUCUUAUUGAUGGAUUGAAGAUUUUACAA